AUGUCUAUUAUUUCGACAGAAUUAUUUGUUGAUGGUAUUUGUGAAUUAGAUGAUAAAAUAAUUCAAAGUUAUUUUAAACAAUUUGGUUCUCGUAUAACUAAUUAUGAAUCUCAUCGUAAACGUUUAACAGAUUCCUGUUGUUUUGCUUUAAUAUCAUUUACAGCACAUCAUUCUGUCAAUACUAUUCUUCGUCGACGACCACAUAUAAUUAAUUCUUCUACAAUAUUUGUUAAACGAUUACUUCCAUCUAGUGUAUGUUCGUUUAUUGAACGUCAAUUACCUGUAACAAGUUUAUUUGUUUAUAAUAAAAUAAGUAAACAAUUGAAUGAAAGAAAUUUAAGAAAUUUUUUCAAAACAUUUGGUCAUAUAUUAAAAUUUGAACGUGAUUAUAUUCAUGAUCGUUUAUUUAUUGAAUAUGAUGAUUAUGAUUCUGUUGAUAAAGUAUUUUUAAAUAAAGAUCAAUUACCAGAUUAUAUUGAUAUAUAUAAAAAUAUUUUACCACAAACCCAAAAUACAGCUGAAUAUCGUGGUAAAUGUCGUCUUAAACAACAUACUCCGAAGAAAACAAAUGAAUGUUAUCAAGGUUUAUUACAAAAGACUAUUGAAGAUUUAGGAAAUUGUAAAGCUCAAUUAAAAAAAAUAGAAAAUGAUUAUAAUAUUCUUCAAAUAGAACAUACAACAUUAAAAGAAAAAUAUGAUAAAUUAGAUCAACUAUUCAACAAUCAAAAUCUAUGUCGAUCAUGUAAUGAACAUGAAGUAACCAUUAUGAAAUUACAACAAACAUUAUCAAAACUCAAUAAACAAUACGAAACAACUAAAUCACAAUAUCAACGAUUAUUAUCAACAAAAUCUAAAAUUGAUAUUUUAACACAACAUAAUCAUUAUUUAUUAUCAACACGAUUGAAGAAUGAUGAGUAUUACAAAAGUGAAGUAUCAGAAUAUUAUGCAUCACAAUCGAAUUUAUCAACAGCUAAUUCUUGUGAUAUAAAUAUAUUUCAUUAUUUAUCUGAUUACUAUUUUAUGCUUUUUUUUAUAGCUUUAAAACAACGACGUCGAAUAACAUACAAGUAUAACAUCGUAAAAAGUGAUGAAGAUUAA